UGAUUACGCGAGCAUCGGUCGAAUCCUCUUGCUUUGCUCAGACGAUACCUUUCGCUUUCAACAGCGAUUCGUUCGCAACACAUGAACGUUUAAUCAGCCUUUCGCGGGGAUUACUUCGUUAGCUCGGACGUUUAUCGGUCGUAAACGGGAACGGCGAAUAACUUGGUGCAAUUGCGAGUCGGUGUAGGCAGCCAAGUGGAAUCUGGACGCUUCGCCUUCUCGUCGAAGUACCCCCUCGCAUCUCCUCAGGGAUUGUCAUAGCCGAGUUUUAUUAUACGUUCCGGGACGUGAGUAACGUCAUUACGAUGUAACGCCAUAGAAACCGUCAUGCCAGACGAGGAUUGCUCGCAUUUCCACUCGGGACAUUGCAGCGGCCGUAAGCACGUGUGUCGACACUGACGGUCAAGACCCGGAUGAUAUGGGAGCUGGCAAAAUGAAUAGAGAGAUUCCCAGCAGCACCCUCGCGACUUUGAGAGGGAUUCUGGUGAGCUCGUUGUCGAGGGAAAACCUCGGCCCGCAUGAUCUUCCCAUUCACGAGCAUACGAGGCAACGAUCGGCCAGAAAAGUACAUUUUCAUGAAGCUGGAGCCGCUCCUGAGGAAACUAACCAAAGGUCCAGUUCUGCACACAAUCGCCACUCUCUCACGAAGGAGCAAACGAUGCACUGGUUCGCCCAGAUUGGUGGUGACGACUCUCUCUCUUUGACAGAUGUGAAGCGCCCGCGAAGUCUCUACGACGAGGACUCCCUCGACGGCGAUCGUCCUUACGACAAUGAAGGACGGGAGUCGACGGGAAGCUCGAAGGAGUUGGACAGGGCGAAGCUCGUCCGCGAGAGACAGAACGAGGAGCGGCAGCGGAAAUUGGAGGAGCUCAGGCAGCAGGCUCUCGCCGCGCAACGCUUCCGCGAACAGCGUGAGGAAGAGCGACGAAGACGCAUCGAUGAACUCAGAUCGCGUGAUAACGACAGACGGAAUCAAGUCGAAGAGAGAAAACGGCUGAUAUGCGAGGCGGAACGAGAGAGACGGGAGGCUAUCCUCCGCAAAAAUCAGGAGAGGGAGGCACGUAUCGAGGCAAAGAAGAGGAAUGAGAGGUCGCACAUCGUUUUCGCAUUUGGCAGCUCCACACCGAGAAUGCUGGAGCCCGCCGAUACUGGCGGCUCUACCUUCUGGGGCACCCGCAGGGCCACCUCCACCACAAAUGUCAUGAUGUUUUCUGCUGCGCAGCCACUUACUAGGCGAUCCUCCGAGAGGGAAUUGGAUGGCAGCAAAAAACGGGCCACUUCCGCUGGUGGACUCGACCGGAAACCGGGCGAAGAUAUGAGAAUGUCCUCGUCCAUGUACGAGGUAUUCAAUUGGAAUUCUAGCCCCGAUCCCCCCUUAACUCCUGCCAAGCAUAAGAGAGCCAGCCUCUCUCUGCCCCCCACAACUGACAUCUUUGCCGUCGAUGAUAAGUCCGAUAGCGACACUAGGCGUCCCAUGAUUCAGCGGGUUGCCAGUGGUGAUGAUAGCGACGGUGGCACGCCCAGCACCCCGACCUCGGUUUACCUACGUGUGAACAGGAGACGCACCGACCUCAUGCCGACGAUACCGUCCCCGCGCGACGGCCCGCCGUCGACGGCACGCAGCUCCAGCGCCAAGGCCUUCACACGUUCGCCAGGUAGGACUUACUCCAUGUCCAGGCUGGAUCAGCUGGCGCAGCCUAGGAAACGCACGAUCGAGCAACAACUUGGCACGUUGGCGGAGCAACAGCAGAGCCAGCCUCUGCAGAGCGCUUCUAGCAUGAGUCGCAGCAUGUCGCACUUGGCCGCGCCCGGAGGAGCCAAGAGUCUAAAACGCUCCGAUAACUCGCGUAGCAUGGGCACGCUACCGGGCGCGGCACCUAUGCCCAGACCCACUCGCGCCGAAAGAUUACGCCGAAAGGCUCGCGAGCACCAGCAGACCCAACAGCAACAAGGUAUCCGUAGCGGCGAAGUGACACCCAACAGCCCGUCCCGACCGCACAGCUCCAUGAGUCAACAGAGUGCCAGCAGCGUGGGCAGCAGUAACGUCAAUCUGCGUAUCCGCACGGCCGCGUCGCGCCGACCGCGACCAGCUUCUAUUGCCGGUACCGGUGUCUCGGUCACAGAAAAACACAAUCUGGUGGACAUGAAAUUAACGAAGGAUUCAAAGCCACCACUGCCAAAGGUCCAUAGCACUCCAAAGAAACCUUCAAUACCCAAAGUCGCGGAAGUGAGGAAGCCGACGGAGAAAUUAAUCAAGAACGCCAAGUCCUCACCGCGAAUAACUCCGAAAGCGACACCCCUACAGAGUCCUGGAGCUGAGCACGCACCAUUCAUUCGCGAAACUAACGUGGAGAUCAUAAAGCAAGAUGAAAAUAAAGAGACGCAGAAUGUGAAAUCGGAGGAUAAAAAUGAGGAAAAGAAGGAUCAGGGUAGCGAAAAGACACAGGAAGCGAACGUUGUCGAAUCUAUAACUAAUAAUACAAAGAUAGCGACAGAACCUGUGUUGGCAAGCAAACAAGUUAAAGACGAGACUAAUUUAAUGCAAGAAAAUCUAUCAGGUGCUAUUGCGGAAGAACCGCCGAAAGUCGUUAAAAAAGAAGAGAACAAGCAGGAGAAGAAAUCGCCGGAGAUAACUGAAAUCAAGCUUGAAGGUGAAGCAGACGAACAAAUUGACAUGUCAGCUUCAAUGAUCGCGAAAAUCAGAAUCACCACCGAAGAGGAAGCAAAAGCCGCUUUGGCUGAGCGUAGAAGAUUAGCUCGAGAACAAGCGGAACGAGAAGCGGAAUUAGAGCGACAGCGACAGGAGGAAGAAGCACGUCUAGAAGCUGAAAGAUUGCGCGCGGAGGAAGAAGAACAACGUCGUCUGGAGGAAGAAACUAUACGCUUAGCUAAUGAAGCUCGAGAAGCCGAAGAACAGCGAUUGCAAUUGGCAAUCGAAGAAGCUAAACGCCGUGAGGAAGAGGAUAGAAGAAAAAGAGAGGAAGAAGCUCGUCAAAAACAGGAGAAAGAAGAAGCAGAACGCAAAGCAAGAGAAGAAGCAGAAAAACAACGAAUCGAGAUGGCUGAAAGGCUUAAGAAGGAAGAAGAGGAGCGCAAUGCCAGACGUAAACGAGUUGAGGCGAUUAUGCUCAGAACUAGAGGCAAAAAUCAAACCAAUACGUCUACCAAGGGAGAAGGCGGUGAUGGUGAUAAGCUAAAAGAAGACAGCCCUACUGACGAAAACAAACCGAUGCCGGACGGUAAAGGCGACGACGUCAUGACAGCUAGUUUAAUUUCCGAGGCGACUCAGCAAUUUAUCAGCGGCGAGCAACGGGCGCAUCACACAGAAAACAGUGUACCUACACCUGAUAUAGUGCACAACGGCACAACACAUAGCAACGGCAUUAACGAAAAUAAAAUUGUAUUGGAUAAUAAUCAGGGUAACGUUGAAGAAGAAUUGAACGGUCAUCAUACGAAUCAUGGGAACGGUAUCAACAGUCAAUCGAUUACGCUGGACAAUGCCACUGUCAAGCAAAACAACGUGACCAACAACCUGUUAGACCUGUCGGACUUCGAUACUCUGAGUAAUAACAGUACCGGCUACGAUACCGGGCCGAUACUCGAACUGACGCCCAAUUUGGCGAAUGAGGAUACCCUCAACUCCAAUCUAAAUCCGGCGGCGAUACCAUUUACCCCGAUGGGGUUUGUGCCCGCCACUGCUAAUGCCAAUAUCAAUCCGUUCCAGGACAAUUUUAUCAACAAACCACAGGAUAACAAUCAAGUACCAGAUCUACUAUCAUAAAGUGUCUCUUAAACGUUUCCGGACGAACAAAAAAAGAGCAGUUGGGCAACCAUAACCGAAUUGCUCAUAACGAGCAGUAGCUAUAUUCGGAACGAGACGUUGUUGUUUAUGAUAAUGUAAAUAACCGCCGUCGCGCGACGUAUCAUGUGUAAAAGGGAUAUCUCGGUGAAGCGAGAAUGAGGGCACAAAGACUAUCCCCGUGUCCGACAACCAUGCCGAGCUCUGAGCGUUGUCACUGGGAAGAUGUGUAAAAUAUAAUAUAUAAUAUUAAUUGAUUAUUAUUAUGCAACAGCAAGUAUGGACACUCAAUCUGUGUGUCGUAGUACGCUAUUAGACAAAUGUAACUUUCUAAAGGAAGGGGAUUGAGGCCUAUUUGUAACACAUCAUUUUCGGAUGUUCAUUACACAGACAUAUUUUACGAUAACGAAUGACAUGAAAUUAUUUUUUCUCUCACAUACACACGCAAUAUACAUAUACACACACGACUUUACUCUUAUCACACAUACAUGCGUGUGUAGAUUACAAGUAAGAUUUUUGAGACGUUAAUUAAUAGAGAUGACAAAAUUGGAAAUUGUGCGAAGAGUAAAUGACGAAUAAACAUAACACAAGACGCAAAAGAAGAAGAGAGGUAAAAUAGAAGUCAGAUCAAACGCUGAGAAUGUAUCUGCCAAAACGAUGGAUUAGAGAAUGUCCUUAAUAUAUAAGAUAACGUAGCAUGGUAUUAUCUUAUAACAAUUUCACGAGCAGAUCUAAAUGCGUUAUCGAAUUCAACAUAAGAGACAUUCUGCAGAUACGAGAUGGGG